CAGUUCAACUUUGCACAAUAACGGCGACGAGGCUACCAGCGAAGCGCGCACACGCAGAAAGGGAGCGGAAAGAGCUGCUGCAAUGGGGAUUAAACUGUACUACACCACCGUUACUGCCUCUCGGACGGUGAAGUCUCAACAGACAGAGGUGAGGCGGAUCCUUGACAGUAAAUCCAUUCAGUAUGAGCUCAUCGAUAUUUCGGUGGGUGAGGAACUUCGUAACGAAAUGAGAAACAAAGCAGGCAACCCAUCAGCUGUUCCUCCCCAGCUUUUCAACGAGGACCAGUACUGUGGGAACUAUGAAAUGUUUUCUGAGGCGGUGGAAUCAGAUACAGUGGAACAGUUUUUGAAAAUGGCCUGAGGAGGGUGGAGCGUCAUUCUCCAUCUUACCUCCCCACCCAUUCUGUACCGUAAUGAAGACCCUUCAUCCACUCUUUCUCCACACCCACUGGUGGUGACCUCUCACUUUCAAUGCCAUAAUGAAGAAUGCCAAAUAUCUGUAUUCAACUCAUGUGAAGACACACAUUCCCACUACUGCACAAUUAGACUUAAAUGUUAAUCUGUAUUUUUCUUGUUUGUUUCUUCCUUCCUUCACACUUUCUCUUUCUGACAAACCACUGUUACUAAGUGCUCCUAGUCCAAUAGUCAGUGUGGUGUAUAAUGUGCGAUAAUUAGGUCGCCUAAUUUUAGAUGUGGCCACAUGAUCACUGCAGAUUAAGUUAAUAAUCUAAACUCAUUAGAUGACAACAUCCCAGAAUCUUCAUGACCCCCCUGUCACAGACCAAACCAAGAUCAGUCGCAUUAUCACACAGUCUUAACUACUUUGUUAUUUUUCUGUAGCCAUCACCUUCCCAUGUUGUACAUAACUGCAUAUAUUUUGUACCUCACAUGGAUGCACAGGCACACAGAAGUAGCAAUGACUGUGAUGUCCUUAAAUGCAACUAAUGAUGAAUUCUAGCAGCUAAAAGAUGUUUUUUUUCUGUUUUGGCAUUCAUUUUUGUUUUGGUCCAUAAAUUGACUGAUGCAGAAGUGAAAUCCACUGUAGCCCACUGAGGUUGUUCUAAUCUGACUUGGACCAAGGGUGUUCGAAUUCCACCAGAAUGCAAACAUAGAAUAGAAAUACAGAAAUAGAGUUUAUAUUGAUGAAUAUAUAAAGUGGCUGUCAAACUAGUUACAAACCAAAAAAUAUGUUGAGUUAAUCUUAUUUUCUUUUACUAUAGUCACCAGUAGUGAUUAUUGAUUUGCUCAUCUAAAUCCAAAGGUUAUGUACAAUUAUUAUUAUUACUGGUUUAAUAAUAAUUGGUGACCAUAGUUGGGGCUUCCAUGAUGCAGUAUGAGGUCACUAUGUUCACUACAUUUUUAUACAGUGUAGAAUUAGGAUGGUAAUUUACAUGAAUUAUUACAUUAGUUACACAUUAUUAGAAUUUUGCUGUCUUAUUCCAGUGCCCUACGUAUAAAUUUAAAUUUGACAACUUAAGCAUAAAGGUAAAGAACCAAACCCUCCUUGAUGUUUUGUAAUGACCUCCAAUAAGCCAAACUUGUUUACCCUAAAACAAUCUGAAGUUAGUUGUUUCAGUGUAGGCUGCAUAAUUUAUGUUUUGUAACAUCCCAUUUGGUGCCAAUAUGUGUAUGUCUGGCAAUUAAUCACUGUAGUAUUUACCUGCUAUCGUCUGCAUAUUUUGCUAUUUUACUGUUUAAACUUGAAAGCUUCAUUCCACCAAUGAGCGCUCUCUGUUGACCAACAGGGUAAAAUCUUUAGAAGGGAGCAUGUUACAGAGUGUAAACGAUUAGACUGAAAAGAUGUGAAUCUUCUUACUUUCAACCACCUACCUUUUCCUUCCAGUUAUAGUUCUGCUGAUACCGGGCAUGAAGAUGCAGUAAUGUGACUAUGCACUGAAACUCAUUCUGAACAAACCUAAAUGCAAGGGGUGCUGUGUUUAGAUCGACCUGCCUCAGUCUUACUAUUCUUGGCGAACAUUCACCACAUGGGAAAAAUGAAGGCUUCACUUAUUUGUGCUUUUUAUCUUAUCAUUUAUUAAUUUGAUUGAUCUCAGAUGUAAUAGUGUUCACAUAUUAGUAGUAUAAAGUUUUUUAAAUGAACAACAUUUCCCUCUGGUUACUGCUAAUAUCUGUCAACUUGCUUUCAUAACUGUGUUGUUAUGGUUCGGUUAUACAGCCUUCACACACAGCGUCUGUGCACUGUUUUGUAAGUCAAUGGUUGUUGCUGUUAUUGAACUAUAUACACUUUAAAUCAUGUUUAAGACAUUCCAUGUCUCUGAGCACCUGCUUGGCCUUUGGACCAAUUCCCCUUGGCCAUAAAAGAAGAAAACAGGGAAUAAAAUGCUGUUGUCUUCCAAGAAGAUUAUGAAAAGUGAUUUAUGGGUUAAAAAAAAUAAAAUGGUGUUGAAUCUA